GAAUUCAUGUCCAUUGCUUAAUGAUAAUUAAUUUUAUUAGCAUAUGAGUAUAUAAUAGAAUCGAUCUUGCCAUUAAAUAUAAAUAUAAUAUAUAUAUAUAUAAUUAGUUUCCAAAAAAAAAAAAGGAAAAAUAAAACCUUUAAACCUUUAAUUCCUUUAUCAUAAUGUCUUCGAACGAUAGAGUAACAAUUGAUGUCGAUAAACGUAGAGCGGCUCUCAAAGAGAUUGAUGAUGCAAAAUUUGGCUGGCAACAUAUUCGUGCGUGUUUGGUAGCUGGUACCGGCUUUUUUAUGGACGCGUACGAUCUUUUUGCUAUCAAUUUUGCCUCUACUAUGAUAGGGUACGUCUAUUAUGGUGGUAAAACUCCUGCAAAUAUCGACUUGGGUUUGAAAGUGUCAGGUUCUAUUGGCACUUUACUUGGUCAAUUAUUUUUCGGUUAUUUGGCAGAUCGUCUUGGGAGAAAGAAGAUGUAUGGUGUUGAAUUAAUGAUCAUUAUUGUUGCGACAGUUGCUUCAUCGUUGGCCGGUCAAAGUCGUGCUGUUACAGUAGUCGGUAUUAUCAUGUUUUGGCGUGUUGUAAUGGGUGUCGGUAUUGGAGGAGAUUAUCCUCUUUCCGCAAUUAUUACAUCUGAAUUCGCCACAAAAAAAAGAAGAGGUGCUAUGAUGGCCUCAGUAUUUGCUAUGCAAGGAUUUGGAAUUUUAGGCUCUGCUAUUGUAGCACUUAUCGUUUUGGCAGCUUUUAGAAGUGCAAUUAUCGCCGAUGUUUCUGCUGUUGAUUAUUGUUGGCGUAUAGUGCUCGGUUGUGGUGCUAUUCCCGGUAUUGCGGCUCUAUACUUCCGUCUCACAAUUCCAGAAACCCCACGAUAUACUAUGGACGUAGAACACGAUGUCAACAAAGCAACUUCGGACGUCGCCAACUAUUUGCAAAAAACUGACACAACAGAUGAAAAUGAUGGACCAGGCAAUCAUGUCGGUGUACCAAAAGCAAGCUGGUCGGAUUUCACAAGUUAUUUUGGAAAAUGGAAAAAUGGAAAAGUUUUACUAGGAACCUCUAUGUCAUGGUUCGCGUUGGAUAUUGCUUUUUAUGGAAUCGGUCUUAAUAACGGAAUUAUUUUGAGUGCUAUUGGCUACGCUGACACACAUGAUGCAGAUUUUAAUCUAAGGGCUUAUAAUUCACUCAAAAAUAUGGCUCUUGGUAAUAUUAUUAUCACUAUUAUGGGAACCGUUCCUGGUUAUUGGGUUACUGUAGCUUUUGUUGAUAAAUGGGGUAGAAAACCUAUUCAAAUAAUGGGUUUCGCUGUCCUCACUGUACUAUUUAUUGUCAUGGGUGCUGCCUUUAAUCCACUCAAAGAACAUUCUAUUCCAGCUUUUAUCGUCUUAUUCACAUUGUUGCAGUUCUUCCAAAAUUUUGGUCCCAACACAACAACAUUCAUCGUUCCAGGGGAAGUUUUCCCAACACGUUACAGAUCAACUGGUCAUGGUAUAUCAGCUGCAUCCGGAAAACUUGGAGCUAUUGUUGCUCAAGUUGGUUUCUCAAAACUAAAAGACAUUGGUGGACCAAACGCAUUUGUUGGACAAUUGCUUUUAAUCUUUGCCGCAUGGAUGUUUAUUGGGGGUUUAUUCUCAAUACUCAUUCCUGAAACAAAAGGUUUGUCUCUUGAAGAAUUAGCAAAUGAAGACCAUGAUUUCAACGUUGAAGAAAGGAAAGAAAGAGUAAAGGCGGAAGCAUAAUAAAAUCUACACAUAAUAUAUCUAAUAUAAACACACAUUCAACAUAUAAAAUUUUUUUAUUCUUUUACAUUACGAUAAAUUGGGAGAAUAUAAAAAUCCCUGUAAAUUCUUUAAUGUAUCAAAACAUUAUUAUUAUUAUUAUGUAUUUAUAAAAAAAAUAUUUCAAUCAU